AUGUUUUUAGUAGAGAUAGCGAAGGUUUUACAGAGUAUCAGAAUUUAAUAAUAUUCUAAUUGGCUUUUUAAGUAGAGAGAUUUAUAUCACUAUGUAUAAGCUUUUAGUAGAGAUAGCGAAGGUUUUACAGAGUAUCAGAAUUUAAUAAUAUUCUAAAUUGGCUUUUUAAGUAGAGAGAUUCAUAUCACUAUGUAUUUUAGGAUUGUAUUAGGUUUCGUAUCGACCUUUUUUUUAAUUCUAAGUAUAGCUUCUCAAGUGGUGUAGGUUACGCUUUGCGCCCUAUACUACUCAUAAUGUGGACAGCAUUCCAAAGUUUCAUACUGCGACAUAAUAAUAAUAAUAAUAAUAAUAAUCAUAAUAAUAAUCAUAAUAAUUACCAGACUGUGGAAGCAGUUAGAGAAUUUGAAGAACACGCCAUGGCAUCAGGCCACCAGUCGCUCGUAAAGGAAGCAGCUAAGUACGCUGAAGAACUCAACAUCACACUUCAGCUUGAUACCCUAAAUCCCGUGUGUGUUACAACAGAAGGAAAGGUGGUAACUGCAGCAAGAGCUGGGAAUCUGUUGAAGCAAUCUCAAGAGAAGCAGUUCUUGGAGAGCGCUAAAGACAAAAAGUGGCAAGGAAAGUUAUUCCGUAUCAGAUGGAAGAUGAGAGCCUAAGCAUAACCAGCUGCUUUGCAUGGUUAAAAGGUUGGGCUACAUGCCCUACACAUACCAUCGCGGGCAUGUAUGAAUUGUAUGAGCAGUUGUUACCUACGAAGCUCUACACAAAGGAGAAGACGCAAACCUCCACCGACGGCGAAGUUCUAUGCAGGUUAUCUGGGAAGGUGGCUGAGAGCGUUGCACAUGUACUGGUUGGAUGUUCCUCCCUGGCACAAACCAAGUACCUAUACAGGCAUAAUGCAGCUUUGAAGAUUCUGUUUUUUGAGCUCCUGCGAGAGCAUGGGUUAAUGGAAGAGGGUUGUGCCUAAAUCAUACCGUCCAAAAGGACAGCCGAGGAGUACUAGGAAGGAGUUUCCGAUUCGGGCCGACUUAACAAAGGUUUUGGCCGACUUCGGAAAUUCUCGAAAACAUCCAAUAUGGCGGCUCAAGUGUGGUAAAAACUGACAGCCAAAGGAGCCGUUUUAUCGCCAGAGAAGCGUGACUUACGGUAUUAUUGACGAAGUUUGCGUUUAUUGUGACUUUUGCAGAGUUCGUGGACCUUUAUAGUAAGCAAUCCUCUAAGAAAUGUCUUAUCAAUUUGUCUUGUCCCGCUGGCCGGUAUUACCGAAGAAAAUACAGGACCUGAACAAUAGAUGAAAUCAAUAAUCGAUGGCAAUCAAUAACAAUCGAUGACAAUCGAUAUAAAUUAAUCGAUUGAUAUUGAUAAUCGAUGGACAAUCGAUCAUGAAAAUUUUUGUGAUUAUUGAUUAUCAUCGAUUAUCAAUAUCAAUCGAUAAUCGAUUGGAAUCAAUCAAUAGAUUGUUAUCAAUAUGCAAUAUCUCUUGAUAUCAAUCGAUUACCUAUGCAGUCAAACAUUUCAAUUGUCAAUUUCAUCUAGUACUAAUAAAGUUACACAUUUUGAUAUCAUUGCUUGAGUAAAAACUAGCGAGUAGCAAUGCGUAAACUUGUUUAUUUGCCCACACGUUUCGCGCGAGUUUAAAAUUCAGCGAAACGUACUACAGAUUUGUGUGUAAGAAAAACGAACCCCACUGUUAUGCUUUAACGAAACAGCUGGCAAAUUAGGCAAAUUAGGCAAUCAAUGGCAAUCGAUGAAGUUCGCGACCCCCUAAGUGUGAUUAUCGAUUGAUUAUCGAUUGGCCGAUGCCAAUUUUUAUGUAGUGUAUACGAUGCUAAUGCAAGCGCGUAGAAGCGAGAGAAUGAAUGUGAUGUAGUACACACGGGAAUUAUGUAAUUUGCAUGUACUAUAGAUAGCGUGUGUUGUAAUUUAUUCGAGUCAGUUAGCGUUCUGAGUUCGGAGUGUAACGGUCGUGAAUAAAGUGUGUUUUAACCUAACCGCGGUACUACAUUGGCGACGAGGAUAUUUCGAGGAUAUUUCGAGGAUUUCGCCGAGGGUUUCAAGAGUUUCGUUGAAAAUUUCGCUGUGGAUUUCGUCGAGGAUUUCGUCAAGGAUUUAUUUCAGCGAUGCCGGGAGGCGGUGGAUCGGGCGAAACUAACGCGACAAGCGGUACUACGAGCGGUGCUGUUGGCGGUUCUGGGAUGACUUCUGUUACUUUAGAUGUCAGUGGAUUGGAACCAUUUAAUCCAAAAGGAGAGGCGCACAAUUUAAGUCAGCGAUGGAAGAAGUGGAAGCGAGCGUUCAGUUUGUAUGUGACCGGGAAAGGUGUAUCGAACGACGCUCAAAAACGUGCUUUGCUGUUGCAUGUCGCUGGUAUGGAUGUGCAAGAAAUUUAUUUCACACUAGCUGGUGAGGGUGGAGAUGCAAGUUUUGAAGCAACGUUAAAGGUGUUGGACGACCAUUUCGUGCCAAAGGCGAACAUUCCCUUUGAGAGACAUUUGUUUCGACAAAUUUCGCAAGGGAUCGGAGAGACAGUUGAUCAGUUCGUUUGUAGAUUGCGUCAGCGAGCAGCGACUUGUGAUUUUGGCGCCGGCGAGGAUGACUACAUUCGCGAUCAGCUCAUAGACAAGUGUUAUUCGAGCCAUUUACGCCGGAAAUUUCUGGAAAAGGAAGGAACUGUUACGUUAGAUGAGUUGUUGCGUGUUGCAAGAUCCCAAGAAGCGGUUGAUCGACAACUGAAGCAAUACAGUACCGACCAAGCAGAUAACCAGGUCAAUGCAGUGGGUGGCAGGCUGUAUGGAAACAAAAAUCCCAGGAAAGCGAAGACGUGCUUUAGCUGCGGACAAGAAGGACACUUCAGUCAAGACAAAAAGUGCCCGGCGCGUGGUCAAACUUGCAGGAAGUGCGGCGAAACAGGCCAUUUCAAAGUUAAAUGCCCUCGACUCCAUCAGCUAAGCAGGACCCAUUCGGGAUCUAGAGGACCUGAGAGUAGCAGAGGCGGACGCGGCAGAGGAGGCAGGAGUGCUGGUGGACUGGGUCGAGGUGGACGCGGACGCGGAGGGCGAGAGACGAACCUCGUGACUGGAAGACCUAGCCCUGGAGAAGAAGACAAAGGAGAUUUCGCUACACCAGGCCAUUCGCAAAGACCCGAUUAUGCCUUUUCAGUGGAACAGGUGAAUGAUCGCAAGGAACAAAGGAGCGCUUUGGUAACGCUGGUCAUUGGUGGUGUAGACGUACCCGAUGUUCUCAUUGAUUCGGGAGCUUCAUGUAAUGUUAUGGGCCAGCAGACCUGGGAGUUGUUAAAGCAAAAGGGGAUUAACUGUGAAUCUCGCAAAUCUGCAAAGGAACUUUUUGCUUAUGGUGGUACAGAACCUUUACCGACCCUAGGAACGUUCACGGCAGAUGUCACGCUGGCUGGGUUUGAAAACGGAAGUAAUGCUGAUUUUGUGGUGGUUGAAGGCGAUGGUCGCACGCUGUUGGGCCGAGAGACUGCCGAGGCGCUAAACCUGUUGCGUAUUGGUCCUUUUCAGACAAACAGUGUUGACGGUGGGCGAUCGGACGGGGAUGUCAGAGAGAAAUACAAGCACUUGUUUAGUGGUGUUGGUCUUUUAAAGGGCUACGAGCUUAAGCUACACAUUGAUGAGUCAGUGAAGCCUGUAGCGCAGCAUGUACGCAGGAUACCGUUCGGGUUACGCGAGAAGGUGGAUGCAAAGCUGGAUGAACUUUUGGAGCUUGACAUUAUAGAGGAAGUGCCGGAGGGGCCGUCAGGAUGGAUUUCGCCGUUGGUGGUGGUUCCCAAAAGCGGUGGCGACGUAAGAGUCUGUGUUGAUAUGCGUCGUGCAAAUGAAGCAAUCGUCCGAGAGCGUCACCCAAUUCCAACCGUUGAGGAGCUGUUACACGACUUGAAUGGCAGUACGGUGUUCAGCAAGAUAGAUCUCAAGUGGGUUUUCACCAGAUUUUACUCAGUGAGGAAAGUCGCCACAUCACUACCUUUGUCACGCAUCGAGGGCUUUAUCGUUACAAGCGGUUGAUGUUUGGCGUAACGUCGGCGCCGGAGAAAUAUCAGCAGAUCAUUAGAGAUGUGUUAAGGGGUUGUGCUGGGGUUGCGAACAUUGCGGACGAUCUCAUUGUUCAUGGGUGUGACGUGGAGGAACAUGACAAGCGUCUUUUGCGGUGUUAGAUAGGCUGAGUGAAGUGGGGUUGACGGUGAACGGAGACAAGUGCGAGUUUAGAUUGUCAAGGCUUACGUUCUUUGGUCACGAGCUGACUAGUGACGGCAUAAACCCAUCCGAAGAGAAGAUUGCUGCUAUAAGAGAUGCUAGAUCUCCCAAAGACGCAAGUGAAGUGCGAUCGUUUAUGGGUCUUGUCCAAUAUUCCGCUAAGUUCAUGCCUGACGUGGCGUCCGUGGCCAAGCCUAUUCAAGAGUUAACCAGGAAGGGCAUCGUGUUUCACUGGGGUAAAGAGCAGCAAACAGCCUUUGAGGAACUGAAGCGUCUAAUCACCCAGGCAGAGACACUGGCUUAUUUUAAGGUUGGCUGCAGAACGCGAAUCAUUGCCGAUGCGUCUCCAGUUGGAUUAGGAGCGGUUCUCACCCAGCAGCAGGGGGAAUGUGGAGAGUUGUCUCCUACGCGUCGAGGAGCCUAACUGACGUGGAACGACGCUACAGCCAAACAGAGAAGGAGGCACUUGCCUUGGUCUGGGCGUGUGAACGGUUCAACAUGUACGUUUCCGGACAGAGCUUCGAGUUGGAAACAGAUCACAAGCCUUUAGAGCGUGUCUACUCGCGCACUUCAAAGCCUUGCGCCCGAAUAGAGAGAUGGGUCUUAAGACUACAAGGGUACGAUUUUAAAGUGGUGUACCGCCCAGGGAAGACAAAUAUAGCCGACGCGUUGUCCCGUUUGAACUCCUUGGAUCAAGUGGACCAUGGAGAAGACUACGACUUUGUCAGAGCCAUUGCUAUAAGCUGUAUACCCGUUGCUCUAUCACCUACAGAAAUUGAAGAAGCUUCCUAUUUUGACGAAGAAUUGACGAUAGUAAAGAGUUGCGUGAGGUCAGGGGACUGGGACCGGUGUACACUUCCCUCGUAUGCACAAGUCAAGGACGAAUUAUGCGUCUAUGGUGAGCUAUUGCUUCGCGGCACAAGGAUUGUGGUUCCCAAGCUCCUGCGCGACAGGGUGGUGCGGCUGGCACACGAAGGGCACCAGGGUAUAGUGAAGACGAAGUAUCGGCUCCGUAGUAAAGUUUGGUGGCCGGGAAUGGACAAGGAAGUUGAGAAAUUUUGUAAAGUUUGUCAUGGCUGCCAGGUCACUUCUGGAUUUAACCCUCCUGAGCCGAUGUCCCGCGUUCUUCCUCCAAGCGCUCCUUGGCAGGAUUGUGGAGCAGACCUGCUGGGACCCCUACCCACAGGAGAGAGUAUUUUGGUGGUGAUCGAUUACUACAGUCGUUUCUUAGAAGUUGCUAUUCUGAAGUCUACUACAAGUGCCAAGGUCAUCGAAGCACUUGCACCCAUGUUUGCCAGAUUCGGUUUUCCGUUCUCUUUAAGGACAGAUAAUGGGCCCCAGUUCGUAUCCGAAGAAUUUGAAGCAUAUUUACGCGCAAAUGGUAUUGAGCACAGGAAAACGACGCCGUUGUGGCCUCAAGCUAAUGGAGAGGUGGAACGCCAAAAUCGCUCGUUACUUAAAUGUCUACAGAUUGCACAUUUAGAAGGAAAGAACUGGAGAACUGAAUUGCUUGUAUGGUUGAUGGCGUACAGAUCCACUCCGCAAACGACGACGGGGACUACCCCCUGUUACAUGAUGUUUGGCCACGAGGUUAGGUCCAAAUUGCCAGAGUUAAGGAGAGAGACGGUCGGAGUGCCAGGCGAAGAGGUGCGAGAGCGGGAUUGGUCAAGUAAAUUAAAGGGCAAAGCUUAUGCAGAUCUCAAGAGAGGUGCCACGCCCAAGAGCAUACGUGUUGGUGACACAGUACUUUUGAAAGCCGAGAAAACGAACAAGCUGUCUACCAACUUCAACCCUGCUCCUUUUAAGGUGGUUCAGAGGACAGGAACAGAGGUAACGCUUAGGAACGAAGCUGGUGUGCAACUGAAAAGGAACACUGCGUUCGUAAAGAAGUACAACGAGCACAAUGGUGUAUCCAAUGGCAACGAAGACCAAGUGGUAGAAGCAAGUUCUACAGUACAGACAGAUGAGCCAGGGCCAAGCAGAGUUCCGGAGACGACAGAGGUAUCAGGGCCAAGCGGAAUUCCAGGGACUACAGGAGUAUCUGAAAAUUCCCAAGUACAAGCUGGGCAUUCUACCGAAAAGGAAGAUAACGCAGCGGAAAGGCCUGUGCGGAGGUCGACCCGAACUAUAAGACAGCCUGCGCGCUAUAAAGACUUUGUCCUGGAUGUUUAGGACUUCUUCUUUUUUGUCUAGUUUAAUUCAAAGACUUUGUUUUGCUGAACAUUUAGGGUUUUUGCAGCCUUUUAAAACUGCCUUCCUGCUAAAUUUGAUCAAAGAAGGGAAUGUAGUGUAUACGAUGCUAAUGCAAGCGCGUAGAAGCGAGAGAAUGAAUGUGAUGUAGUACACACGGGAAUUAUGUAAUUUGCAUGUACUAUAGAUAGCGUGUGUUGUAAUUUAUUCGAGUCAGUUAGCGUUCUGAGUUCGGAGUGUAACGGUCGUGAAUAAAGUGUGUUUUAACCUAACCGCGGUACUACAAUGCUAAUCAACAAUAAUUAAUCGAUUGUCAUCGAUUGAUCGAUUGAUUUUCCGAUCAUCGAUUUUCAUUGAUUGUUCAGGUCCUGAAAAUAGUACCGGUCAACGGGACAUCCUAAAUUAUAGCAACAUUUGUUGGCAUGUACAUCACCUCUAGCUUUCAUUGCUAAACUGUGUUGUAGAACUUGAUUUCUUUAGGUUUCUAAAAGCUUAGGAUAACUCUUUAGGAAUAUUUUUAUUCAUAAAAGUGGCCCUAUCCUUUUGGCCUGUAUUAUCCUAGGAAGUAGCACCGCCAGUAGCAGGACAUCCUAAACUAUGUCAGCAGUUGGUUGCAUGUAUUACAUUACAUGCAGCUUGUUAUUGUUACAUUGUAAUACAUACUUUGCUCUCUAAAGGCUUUUUCCUACCAGCUGGGGACAGCUGAACAAAGAUAGUUUUUUUUCAUUCCUUGUUGUUGUAAUCACCUAAGAAUGUCUACCCAGGGGGGCACUCUAUAGGGACUACUCAGGUAUAACAGUGAUGGGGAAGUGCAAAACCCUUUUUCUGGUUUGACAUUUGAAAUCCAAGGAUAACCGAACAGGAGUGACUUUUAUUCUUGAAAAUUGUCUUGUACUUUUGAAUGGUAUAAGCUAAGAAAAUAGUACCACCCACCUAAAUUAGCUCAGCAAGCUUGUAGGGGUGAUGAAUGGUCCAUUAAAAUUUUUAACUGCUCGCAAAAUUUUACCUUUGCUCGAUUUGCUCACAAAAUUUAAACGAGUGCUCGCUUGCUCGUGCUCCCCGAGUUUUUGCAGUUGCUCGCAUGCUUGCUUUCUUGUCAGUAUUGCUCAAAAUUUUGUAAAUCCUUCUUUGGGUUAAAGUAAAUGUAGUUCUCUAUGGUGCUUAAUUCCUAUAGAUAUGGCUAUUAAGUUCAGUGGAAAUGCGUGCGGCAAUAAAUGACAACGGUAAAUAAAUUACCUAAUCUAGCUAUAUAUGGUUAAAAAGAGAAGAUAUUGUUACCUUUAAUUCUUCUGAGUUUCUCUACCGCUCUACUCACUGGGCUUUAAUUAGGCUGUGUUUUCAAUAAAACGGUUUGGAAGCUUUAGGAUUCUUCCAGAAGAGGUUGUUCUUGUUUGAGUUGAAAUGCUCGAUGAGAAGAGUCACCAAAGCUUUCACAUUUACCUUGCUCAAGUAAUCUCAAUGUGCAGCUUCUAUUUCACAUUGAAUUCAUUUUAAAGCCUCCAGGGUCAUUCUUGUUCCCGAAAUAGUCUCGGAGGAUGGAACACCAUGGGGGCCUUCCACAGAAGUUCUGCCACUGUUUUAAAAAACCCAUUUUAUAAUAUUUUCUGUUUUGUUUAAAAAAAAAGGAUUUCCAUAUGGAUUGCUGCAAGCGGAAAAUAUAAGAAGUGCUCGCUGCUUGCGAGUUGUACUGUCUAAGCUGCUUGCAAAGCAAAUUUUUUAUCUCUGCUUGUGCUUGCAAAAAAAUCGCAGUGUUUGCAUGCUCGCAAAGACCAUUCGUCACCCCUGCUUGUGUUAAAUUUGUCAUGGUUUAUCAACAUUGGAAAAAUGUUUUGAAAGUUAAUUAUUUAUCUCAGGUAAUUUUCGUUUUUCUUUUGUUUUGGGGUAUGGUAAUGUAUGAUAAUGACAUUGAAACAAAUGGAAAACAAAAAUUACCUGAGAUAAAAAAUUAAUUUCCCCUUUAUAUUUCUUGUGUUACUCAAUUAUUAAGGAACACAAUGAGUUUGGAGUUGCUUUCAACAAUAAUUGGUUGUACAUGUGUAAGUGUUCGGAUCCAGGAGGGGUGGAUUUUGAUAACAUUUACUUCAUGUAAGACUUCACAUAAUUCCCUUAGGUGGCUGGGUCAAUUUGGGGGCAGGGUGGAGGAGGGGUGGUGGGGGUAGUGGGGCUGUUGACAGUGGGGAAGGGGGAAAGUGAAAAAUGGAGAGUCUCCAGAAUCUACAACCGAGGUUGGCAUUUUUGCUUUCCUUGACAAGCAAUUUCCCAUGCUGCCAAGGUAGGUAGGUUUUUGGGUAUGGUAAUGUAUGAUGAGUUUGAAACAAAAGAAAAGAAAAUUUAGACCAAAGAUAAUAUUGAACCACAAUUUCAGUAUGGAGAGGAGGUGAGGGGGAGAAAAAAAAAAAACUUUAUUACUUUCCAAAUUCUGGCUUUUCAAAUUAAUUACAAUAUUCAAUAAAAUAUGUAAAACUAUAAAAUAAUAAGAAAUGAUUAAAAUCGUAUGUAUAUAACAAGAUUUAACAAGGCAAUAUAUUUACAACAAAGCUUCUAAAAUUCUCUUUAUAAAUGGCGCAUAAGUUCCUUUUUGAAUUGAUACAAGGUUUGUAAGCUCAGUGAGCCUUUCGGGUAAGGAAUUCCACAGUGAAACUGCUCGAUAAUGGAAGGUUCUUUGGCCUGUGGCCGUUCUGUACCCUGGAAUGUCUAUCUUAUUCUUUUUCCAUUUGUCUUUAUUGUGGAUUUCAGGCCUCUUUUUGAACUUCUUAGCAGGAUAGUCAGGGGCCAAUCCCCUUAAACACUUAAAAACCAGUAUGCAAUCCCUGUAGAUAAGCAUGGAUUCGACGGACAACCAUUUCAGUUCUGUAAGAACAGUGGUAAUGUGAUCAAAUUUCUGCAAACGGGUUAUAAUCCUAGUUGUGAAGUUUUGGACAUUCUGUAAUUUGUUGAUAUUCUUCUUUGUUGUACUAGACCAGAUGGACGAACAAGUUUGCUAGAGACCAGUGCAUUGAUAACGUUUAAUAGAGUGUUUCUGUCCAAAAGAUGUUUUUUACCCUAUUAAUUUGACUUAAACUUGACAAGCAAGAAGAUGUAAUACUUGUAAUAUGUCCAUCAAAACUCAUUGUAGUGUCCAUAUGCACUCCAAGGUCCUUCACUGAAACAACCAGACACAACUCUUUCUCCAGUAAAGUAACAUGCAAAUCCAGAUCUGCAGGCGUAAUUUGAAGCAUUUGAUGGGUGCGAAUUAAAAGCAAUUUCAUCUUAUCCGGGUUAAUCUGAAGGCUCUUUUGGCAGCACCAUGCGGCAACUUUCCUCAGAUCUUUGGUUGUAUCUUUAUAUCUUUAGAAUAGUUGCUCUUGUCACAAAAAAGGUCAAACAGUAAAUAGAUAAGGGAUAUUUUCAUGAACUUUUUUAAAAUAAUUUUAAACAAUUUUUAAGAGUAAAAUUUAAAAAGAUUUUUAAAAAAUGAGAAAAUUAUACUGCUGUCACAAUCUAUUACAACUACAGGGUAUGAUUUGUUUUGAUAGUGCCAGCUAGAGAGGACAGCCAACUGUACCAACCUUUUUAUGCUGAGUUGUUAUUACUGACCAGUCAAACAACACACAAAUAAUGAGGACAGUUAAUAAACAUGAUUCUAUAAUAAUAAAUAAUAACAACAACAACAAUAACAAUAAUAUUUAUGUAAAAGAUUUGAACCCAGGAGUUAUUUCAAAAGUAGGUUGAGUUUGAUCGUCCGGGUUAACAUAGUCCUGAAUAGGACUGUUGUUGUUGACAGUGACUGACGUUUCGACAACCUGUGCGGAAGUCAUCUUCAGAGUCAAAGUGAGUUGUAUCAUGUCAGUUGAUGGUAAUACCGGCCAAAAGGACAGGGCCACUUUUAAUCAAUCAAUCAACAACUUUAUUUAAGUGUCUAGUCUUCUAGCUUGCCGUCAGGCCUACUAAUCGGGGACACUACUUAAAUAACUUAUUAAUAACAGGGCUCAAAAUAUUGGCCGGUCAACGGACAAUGUGCGGCCUGAUCGUGGGCUUGACCGGUCAAACUCUCGUCUCGCCGGUCAUUUUGACCGGUCAUUUUUGGAUGCUUGUCCCUUAAUGUGUUUUGCCCUAUAAUGCUGUAAUUCGCUGCUUUGGCUUUUUUUGCUGCUUUGCACUAAACCCUUUAAAGAAAAAUGUUCUGCUUUGCUGUGAUCAGUAAUGCAACCUUCUUGGGGAAAACAUACGCUAACAAUAACCCGUUAUUUUUUAGACUACUAAAGGAUGAGUGACAGUUUUUGUCCAUCAAACAUUUCACAUCUACUUGUAAGAGGAUUGUGAAAAUCACCUUCAACGGAAUUCGGGCUAAUCGAUCGCUCGUCCUGUACUGUUUCUCUGGGAAUAAAUUUCAGCGCAUCGAUUAAUUAUAAAAUUUCUUUAUGUCGAACAUAAUCUCGUUUGCAGACUCGAUUCCAGAAUUGUCUGAUAAAAACUUAGGCCCGGUUCAAACGUCGAAUUUCACAUGUGCCGAACUUAACGCGAGAGUUAAAUGCAUGUGAAGUGCGACGUUUGAAUCAAUUAAAUUCGACAGUUUAAAUUAAAUGCGACGUUUGCCGUAUCUGCGACUGAAACAGUCGAAGAUUCGACUUGGGGUCGACUUUUGAUUCAAACGUCGCAUUUCACAUGUGCCAAACUUAAUGAAUGAAUUUUAGUAAAUUAUUAUUAUAUUACUGAGAAUAUUGACAGCGAAGAGAGCUAAAUUCGACAGAGUUCAGUGAGAUAAAUUCGACGUUUGAAUCAAAUGCCGUAUUUAACUAUUUUAGUCGACUAAAAUAGCAAUUAAAUUCGGCACAUGUGAAAUUCAACGUUUGAACUGGGCCUAAGCUAAUCGAGAAUGAACGUCACCUAUCUCUGCUAUCUCGGCGCUUAAAAUCCUUCUUCUUGAUAAGCGGUUCGCGAUAAAGUGUUGCGCGACGACCCAAACGAAAGCUCUGCUGUAUAUUUAUUGACUUCUGAUGACGAAUACGCUGUUUGUGGAACAAAUUUCUUGCCAAAUCAACUUCUUUGCCGCAAAUAUUUAGCGACGAAAUUCUUCUUUGUGGAGGAGACUUUCGAUCACGUGCCGGGCAACGAAAAGGAUCAAGUUUCACCGAUAUGCAGAUAUAGGACCAACCUUGAAGACUUCCGACACCGCCGUACGAUGAUACUGAAGGUAUAUAUAAACGGACAUAAAACGGGCGAAAAUCGCGGAGAGGAACUCAACAACGUGGGAAUGAAUUUUUCAUCAACUUGCCGGCAAAAACCCGAACGACAAUGCCGUACUGCCAGUGUAAUUCGAUAUUCCAUGGGCAAAAAAAUAAUUAUAAUAUUCAUUAAUUUGACCGGCCAAAAUCGGGGUUUGUCCGGGCUAAAAAAUAUUUGGCCGGUCAUCAUGACCGGCGACCUGCUGUCCGUUAUUUUGAGCCUUGAAUAAGAAAUAUAUAUACAUAAGACUAUAAGCCAAUAAGAUUUAACUAUUCCAAAACUAGUUAAAAGAUACACGAUAUUCAAUAUACUUCGAAAAUGUACCUGUGUAAUAAAUAAGAAAAAACUAUAUAUACAAUUUCAUAAUAUAUCAACUCUACCAGUUAUGAUAUUUCCUGUUUAUGAAUUGUGAGUCACACAGGUGGCACCCUUUGCAUGCGUUAUUACUAACCAAUUUGCUCAGAUCUUUUCUCCUUAUAUUUGCUUUACACCUGCUUUUGACCAUAAAAAUGGCCCAAAAAAUCUGAGGGAAUGCUUUCCAUAUUUAAAAGUUUUUACCCUUUGAACGUGAAAGUCCGAGUUCCUCAGGUUGUAGUUCGAAGGCGAUGACGAGAAGAGUUCUAGUAUGUUGUAAGGCAGUAAUCUAUUCCUUAUUUUGAACAUAAAGAGAGCGAUAUCUUGUAAUCUCAUGUUAUAUAAAUAAAAAUAUUCCUAAAGAGUUAUCCUAAGCUUUUAGAAACCUACAGAAAUCAAGUUCUACAACACAGUUUAGCAAUGAAAGCUAGAGGUGAUGUACAUGCCAACAAAUGUUGCUAUAAUUUAGGAUGUCCCGUUGGGCGGUACGACAUUUAUAAAAGGAUUGCUCACUGUACAGGUCCAAGAACUCUGCGAAAAGUCACAAUAAACGCAAAAUUCGUCAACAAUACCGUAAAUCACGCUUCUCUGGCGAUAAAACGGCUCCUUUAAUUGGCUGUCAGUUUUCACCGGCGUUUUCACCACGCUUGAACCGCCAUAUUGGAUAUUCGAGAAUUUCCGAAGUUGGCCCUUAAGUCGGGCCCAAUCGGAAACGCGUUCCUAGUUCUCCUCGGCUGUCCUUUUGGACGGUAUGAUUUAGGCACAACCAUGGAAGAGGUUCCACCAUGGUACUCACCGGUGAUACCAAAACCAGCCUACCAGAACACCACGAGUGAGGCGUUUUGGGAUAUUCCCAUCUAUGCAGAGCACAACGAAGUUAGAGCAAAUCGGAUCGACGCGCGACUUGUCAACCACGAGAGGAAAGAAGUCUGCACAAUUGAAAUGAGCUGCCCAUGGAUUGAGAGUAGAGCUAAGAAAGACGAGGAAAAGACACUCAAGUAUGGGCCCAUGAUGUGGGAGCUGAAGCAGAGAUACAAUGGGUACAGGGUUGAACAGUACAACGUAAUAAUUGACGUACUGGGGGGUUACUCUAAACACCUAGAGAAGUCGGUGAGGAAGCUACUUGGAGCGAGAGCACGGAGCGUACUUGAGCGGAUGCAGAAGUCGGUCAUCUCAAACACUUUAAACAUUGCCAGAACAUUUAAGAUAAAUACUUAGUUAGGGCGCUAUGGACUUCAGUUUUUAGGUUUUUGUUUUUUCUCUAGAAAUCUAGAAACACAAGCUUGCUGACGUUUUUACUUAGACUUUUUAGAACAUUAGAGUAUGAUAUUAUUAUAAAUAUGUUUUUAGUAGAGAUAGCGAAGGUUUUACAGAGUAUCAGAAUUUAAUAAUAUUCUAAAUUUGCUUUUUAAGUAGAGAGAUUCAUAUCACUAUGUAUUUUAGGAUUGUAUUAGGUUUCGUAUCGACCUUUUUUUACUUCUAAGUAUAGCUUCUCAAGUGGUGUAGGUUACGCCAUGGGCCCUAUACUAUUCAUAAUGUGGACAGCAUUCCAAAGUUUCAUACUGCGACAUAAUAAUAAGUAUGGCAUGGAUUGACUUAAAGAGAGCGUAUUAUUCAGUGGAUCAUGGCUGGUUAAAUGGGGUAAUGUUGCACAGGUUUCCUACCCAGAUGUACAGGGUUAUCGCUAAGCUUUGCAGGAGUUGGAACACUAGGGUCUUGGUUGUCACAAGGAAAUGGAGGGGAAAAUCCAGACCGAUAAGAUUCUGUUAAGAGUUGCCCCAAGGAGACUUGCUUUGCCCGAGACUGUUUACUGUAUGAAGAUAAGUGCUAACGAGGGAUAAAGAUUGUCCAAACCCAUCAGUCUUAAUUUUACUGACCUCCUAUAUCUUGAUGCCCUAUAUAUUUCCGCUCCAUCUGAGAGUAAACUCAACAGGGGCAUGAACAUGGUCAAACGACUAUGGAAGAUCAAGUGUGCAGUGGUUCCUUUGAGAAGUGGAGUGCACGUGAGUCAUAACUCGGGAUGUCAUUGGAUGAGGAGGCCAGAAUACCAAGUCUUGAUGACGGGAAGCAGUAAAAGUUCCUAGGCGUGCUUGAUGGUGUGAUGCAGGAGGAUAAACUGUUCUUGGAGUGCGCUGCCAAGAAGUACCUGCGACGGAUGUCGGUUAUUUGGACAAACCCUUUUAAUUGUCCGACCAAAAUCGUGUGACCGCGUCAAACUAGUUUUCCUUGCAGGUGCUUGGUCAUCAUAUGAGGACGCAACACUGGCUGAUAAGGGAUAUACAGGAGAUCGACAAGAAAGCUCAAAAGAUUGUUAUUGAAAACGAAGGAAGGUAACCCUGUGGCUCCAAUGCGAUAUUCUACCUACCUCUAGGGAAAUGGACAGAGUUCUGCGUUCGGUAGAGACGGGAAUACAAAGCCAUGAACAUAAGGAGUGCGGUUAGACUUUACUGUAAUGAAGACCCAGCCAUACAAAUGGAGUGUGAUUAUGAAGAGUGAGCAGACGAAAUGGGACGGAGGUCCAUGGUUAAAGAAGGGUUUAGGUUAGGGAGCGGAGGAGCUUGGUGUGGGGCUUAAUUUCGAGCGCCUGGAGACGGAACUGCGAAAGUGCCAAGUAGAGAGGCUAGAGGAGGAAGUGAGAAAUCAGAGAUGGCAGGGAAGUCUAGUUACAACUAGAUAACAGAAUGAGAAGUUGAGCGCUAAUGGGUGCUUUUGGUGGCUAAUAGAGUGGAAGUCUUGCCUGACACACAGAAUCGCCGGCAUUUUUUAACCAUACGAGCAACUAUUACCAACUCGGUUAUAUGUCAGUCAGAAGACCCAUACAAGUUUAGAGGCAAAGCGUGGUGUAGGUUGUGUAAUAAGGCCUCAGAAAGUGUGGCUCACACAUCACAUCACCGACACGACUCACCUUUGAAGGUGCUGUUUAUGAGAUGCUGCAGGAUCUGGGCCUCAUAGACCAGGCACCACCUUUGUAAUCUGCGGCCAAGUUCAAGCCCGUUUACGAGUCGGGUACUGGGACGUGCAAGUGUUUGCAGAGUAUGAAGAGGUAAUCCAAGAAAUCCAACAGAGUUGACGCCCAAAUCCUCAAGCACUAGUACUAAAUUAUUAAGUAAAUAUGAAAAAUCUUUUCCACCUUGGACAUUAUGCCAGCUUUUCUUCAACUGAUGUUUCAUCUUUUUAUUUAGGGAAAAGUCAUAGGGUCAUCCUCUAGUUUUCCCUUUCAAGAUGUUUUAUAGUUUUAUUUUUCUCGUCUUGAAUAAAUACAUUAUGUUUAUGUUAUUAAAAAUAUGUUUACUUAACCCGUAGUCUGAGGAGGCCUAACCUCUCAUAAGCUUCUAUAGAUUCUAUUAGGUCUCCUUGCCAGUUUUUUUCUGCGACUUAUAUUAUUUGUAAUUUCUAUUUUUGUGUGGAAAAUACAUAAAACAAACAAAUAAAGAAAUUCGAAAUGGGUUGCCCGUGUGUCAACAACAGAGAGAAGAAGAGCGAAGAUAAGACCUUGAAGUAUGACCCCCUGCAUUGGGAAUUAAAACAGUAGUUUCCUGGGUACGAAGUGAAACAACGCAACAUAAUCAUAGAUGAACUUUGUAUUGGGGGUGGUUAUGAAAAAUGGACUUAACCAUGGACGAACUUGUGGAGAGCAGAAGUAAAGAGGUGCUGAAAAGGCUGCAGAAGGCGGUGCACGCUUAAUAUUGACCAGACAUUCAAAGUUGUGACUUGAGAGACGAUUGAAUUUAGAAGAAUUUUAUAAUCAUUUUUUAUUUCAUUUUUAAAUAAACCUAGUUUACGCCAAUUUUGGAUUCUGUUUUUUUUCUAGCGUUUCAUUGCCUCGAGGCAAUGAAACAGUAAAUAGACUACUCAAUAUGAGCACAUAUGGAUUUUAAUACAGGUCUGAAUUACCUGGAUUUGUUUAUAUAUAUAUAUAUAUAUAUGUCUUUUUCAUAUACAUAUAUACAAUCAACUCUCUCUAAGACAGACACCUUUGGGACCAUUACUUAGUGUUCGUCUUAGAGAGAUGUCUGUCUUAUAGAGAGUUAAACAAAGGGAGUAAGGAAAGGCAGGGACCAACUCUAGGUGUCCGUUUUACAGUGGUGUCGGUCUUAUAGAAAGGCAGGGACCAACUCUAAGUGUCCAUUUUACAGUGGUUUCGGUCUUAUAGAGGUGUCUGUCUCAGGUGUCUGUUAAGAGAGAGUCGACUGUUGAAAUAUACGGAUUCCAGAUCCAACUAAAAUUACUAAAGUUAGGCGGCAAACUGUGACUACCUUUGUGUCUUCUAAAUGUUAGGUCAAUUGAUUAAAAAUAUGCCAAUAUCUGCAUUACAUUGCAUGUUAGCUAAAAUGAUUGUAUCUAUAAACAGAAUAAAAUCUAAAUCAUCUAAUUUAAGAAUAAACUAAUUUCCUUAACAACAGGAAAUAUUCCAUCGUCCAUUAUCUAAAAUAAUACUGAAUGCAAUUGAAAGACAUAUUGUCCUUCACUUAUGAUCGCACGUGUUUCGGCCUGGCACAAGACUUUGACGGACCUUGCGUUGUUAAGGCCACUACUUAGAACAACUUUCUGCAUCUUCCUAAGAAAAAUUCUUUGUGUUUCAAUUCUUAAAUUGUACAGCAUUCUUGCAUUCUAAAAUUUAUAACGGCAGGCCCAUUAAAAAGUUGAAUAUGCCGCAUAGAGGAAAAUGGAAAUUUGCAUUAUUCUAUACAAUUUUUUUAAGUUACAACUAUAGAUUUUAAAACACCACUGUCUGAUAUUAUACUUCUUCUUAAGGGUGUCGACUAGGCUUUUAAACGGGGAGGGGGGGGGUUGCUAAAAUCUGAAGGGGCAUAUAACCGAUAUAAUACAAAUGCUAGGAAACGAGCUAGGCAUUGUUGAUUUACUGGCAUUUAAUUAUAUUUAAUAGAAUUUACUACAGUCUUAAGAGACAAAUCAAAUCUAACACAUUAACGUCACUGGAACACAACCAGACAUAAGAUCAGACGUUACCCUUUACGAUCAUCUUUGCUACAAUUAUUAGAAUUUGUUAUGUGCAGUAUAUAACACUGAGACUUCGUGCUUUAAAUUUGAACUAAUCUUUUUUGUACAAACACUUUACACGAAAUAGCCCCUCGUUAAGUUGAUCCUGCGCUGAUUUCAAUCCUGUUUAGUGUACUUGACAAGAUGUUUGUAGUUUCAUUAAAACACAUAAGUGAAAAUGGUGUAACAGUCUUGUCGUUCUGCAGUAGUUUUUCUGUUUGAAGUAGUGCAGAUUUUUGGGAGUGUUCUUAAUAUCAGUCAAACAUGGAAAACUUAAGGUGCUUUUAUCCGAGGGGCCUUAUUAGCGGAUGUGUUUUCUACUUACAGGUAGAUGGCCCUAUAACCAGGGGGCUUAUAAACAGUAGUACGUUUACGGCAUUGUAUGACCUUGUCCUCAAUUUGGAUGAGGUAAAUCAACCAUUUGAUGUUGAAGGCUCUACGUUACUUCAGAGCGUUAUAUAGAGGCAAAGGAAGUGGCAUUUUCUUUCUGUUUUCAGGCACUCCAUCUGCUCCUUACAACCUAACGAGUAGUUUACGUCGAAACGAAAACCCACCAUUUGCUGUAAAACUAUCGUGGAAUCAACCUGAUGAAAAUGGUGGUAUGCCUGUGCUAGAGUAUUCAUUGGAAUAUAAAGUUCCCGGCUUGCCUUGGGAGGACGGUGAAAUGAGAGAAACUAACGACAGACACAUGCUAGUCUACAAAUAUGAAGAAUCGUACAAAUACGAAGUACGUGUAAGAGCCAGGAACAUAUUUGGGUUCGGGCCUCAAUCAAAAGUCAAAGUAGUAUAUUUUGCAGGUAUAGUACUCAUUUGUAAACCCUCUAAAAUAGCACAUUCUAAAAAGAUGAUUGAUUUAUUUAAAAAAAAUCUAAAGAUGACUGUAAGGACAUGGAACAGGGUAUGCUCAAGAGGAGGUAGUAUUGACUCUUGAAAAAAGUUAUCCAUCCUCCUAAGGGUUGAUUUCCACAGUCGGGAAAUUCUAGCAAGAGUACAAGCGCAAGUAAAAAAGGAACAGUGUAUGAAAGAUCGCAAAAGUAAAAGUUGAUCUCGCUCUAAUUCACGUUUAAGAGAAACACCUCAUGGGUUGCCUCUAUUUCAUUUACGCGAGUAAAAUUUACGUGCGUGUACACGCACGUAAAAAUUAACUCAACCUCGUCCCCAGGGCGCUUUUCCCUGGCUUUGGAGGUGGGGCGGGAAAAGGCCCUGGCAUCGGCUGGCCAAUCCGUCAUUUUGAUUGGUUGAUUGAUUUAGGUAAAUCACGUAAGAAAUUGGCCAAAUGAAAAUAAUUUAUGCAUUAUAGUGAAAUCGAAAUGGCGGAAAGCAUGUCCGCUUCAACGAAGAUUUCUGCAAGAAAUCCAGCUUGCAAGCUAUGUGGUGGUUCUCGUGAUAUUCGCUAUAUACUUCGAAUAUUCAGCAAGGCUGGCUUAUCUAAAGGUGUGUAUUUGAAAGUUCAUAAAACCUGUGGCAAUGCUAUAAAAUUUCUGAGGACGAUCCGAGGUCAGCAGUGUUAUGUAGGGGUGGCGUUACAUUCGUAAACAAAAUGGAUCAGUUUAUUUGGGGAGCUCAAUCUGUAGACAAUACGCCGUCUGAUCUAAACUCAAAAUAUUCUGUAAAGCGAUGCGUUCAACUUUCACCGCCAUCUUCGCAUCAGCCGUCGAAGCGAAGCGUCUAUAUCAAAGGAUAUGCCACACGAAAGAUUCGAUGUGGACGAGCCGCAAUAAAAAGGGGGUGGUAGACCUACACGACUUUUACCUCAUGCCAAAAUGCUGCUUGUUCCAAUAAGUUUUUUUCCUCUGCUAGGUAGAUUAUGCUCUGGAAGGUUCUACAUUUUUACCGGGCCGCUUGUUUCACACUGAGAGGUCAUUGUGCACAUAUCGAUUUAUUAUGGUUUUUGUUUCUGGUCGGCAGGAUUUGCCCUCUGAUACAAGAGUUUUUUAUUGUCCUCUUUUGAAGCGGACAGCUUUUUAUUACGGUUGAAUAAGGGUUGUAGUUUUCUCUAAAGUGCCUUUUGGAUGUAAACAACUAAGCGAUUUUCUUUAGCCCGGGAAUGAGAUGUUUUUUUUGCAAUGUUGUAUCACGCUGGGCCCAGCUGGUUAGUUUUCUUUGCAGGCAUGUUAAAUUAUCACGGAUAUAGUGAUUAACAGGUCCAAAAUUAUAAGAAUAGAGUGCAGCUUAAACUGAAGCUGCAUUAACUAUACCAGAUAAUUGCAUUGUGACUCAGUAGACUCGAGCUUAGUGUUUUCGUAAAGAUAAUAUGAGUCUUGACUGGAGCGCGACGUAUUUCCUUCCUUGGUAAUAGCUUUGGAAUAAUAAAGCCUUAACAGUGUUUGGGCUGUUUUGUUAUUGCCACUUUGUCAUCAGGCAAGACCAUGGCUUCGGUUCUCCACGCGAGCCUCAUUAGUUGCCGCGUUGGCUUUGUGGUUAGUUGCUUUUACAAGAGCAACUUUUGUUGUUCCGGCUUUAUCGUGUGGAGAACGGUACAGUGCCGUGAAAUAGCAUCGACUUGCCAGAUCCAGUUGGUAAGACUUCAAUAAUAUCCUGGCCUUUCAGGAUAGAUUCGAAACAUUUUACUUGAAGAGGUUUAAAAUUAAGCGAUGGAAAGUUACCGUUACUCAGGGAAAAUCUGACCCGGCCAAGCACUGAUAAAAACUCUGGUCUACCCGCCAUCUUCCAUGUUUUGUUUAUCGUAUGCGAUCAUACGCUUAGUACACCCACAAAUUCUUGGUGUUUGGUGGUCAUGUGACUGGCCGAUACCAGGACCUUUUCCCGCCCCACCUCCAAAGCCAGGAAAAAUGCCCUGGGGACGAGGUUGACCCUAACUCUCAAAACGACAAACGGCCUUGUGAAGAAAGCCCUUCUCGAAUAAUUAAAUCGGAAUAGUGAUUGUAAGAUCCAAGUGUAACAAUUUUUCUUGAUUCACUUUCCUAUUUGGGUGCAUUAAUUAAGCUUAUAAUUUCGAUGACCUUAGUUUCUUUCGCGAAUUUUGUCUUGUUCUUUGUGUUAAUUUUGUCCCCUCGAUAGAGUCUCAUUGCUUCUUCAUCUUCACUAGCUCCUUUUAGAGUUUCUUUACUUUUCUUUUCUUUAUAUUUAAUCUUAUUUUACAUUGCACUUCGGCAAUACAAUUUUCAGUUUGUUUUGGAAUGCACUAAGAGCAGUUAUCUUCAGUGUUGUUUUUUUUUCUUACGUUUCUUGGCCUUUUACGCAGUGUGCUACCUCAACAGUUUUCUCUGGCCGUAACAGUGUAAGUGUCGUUCAGGUGUUUUGUUUCUUUAUGGGUCAGAAUUCCACUCGUACUCGCUUUUCAGUGUGCACAACUGAGAGCCAUAAAUAUAUCACCCACCACCCAAGAUGGCGACCGGCCGUGUCCGUUUGGCCUCUGCGAUCUUUCUAAUACUUAUCCGUCACUGGCUUAGUAAACCAGCGCCAAAUCACACUAAUUACAGCUCUAAUAGUGUGUUCCAGCUAUGGAGGUUUUGCAAGCCCACUCCCGCAGAAAAAUCGCUUAUCAAACUCAAGCCACUUUCAACUCGUGACUACACUAACCUCGAUAACUUUGUUGUCGGUCUCCUACUGCUCUGUGGUGAUGUCGCUUCUCAUCCGGGACCUGUGAGCUCCUCAGAAACUAUUUCAGUUAUCAAAUGUAUGGUAUCAAACACACAGAGCCUGAAGAGCCUAAAGAAAGUUGUAAACAGCAACGGAUCAAUGCGGUCGCCUGCAAUCUACACCAGUUUCAAGACCUGGUGUACUCAGAGGAUAUGGAUGUAGUCUGCGUCAAUGAAACCUGGCUAAAAGAAUCCAUAGAUAAUUCUGAGAUCCUUAAAGAUAAUUAUAUAAUGUUGAAGGAAGAUCGAUCUCAAAAUCGUGCCGGUGGUGUGCUUAUCGCAAGCAAGAACACGGAGUUCAAGUCUAUACGCGAAAUCCCUCUACCUGAAGAACUACAAGAACUAGAGGUCGUAGUGGCUUCCGUCACAACUUCCCAAGAUCGAAAGAUUUUAUUCUGUUCUUUCUACCGACCGCCGGAUCUGGAUUUGUGUUGGGUUAAUUUAUUCAAUAAUUUUCUGGACUGGUUUUGCGAGGACUUUGACAAUAUGGUAAUCUGUGGCGAUUUUAACUAUCCAAAAAUCUCAUGGGACGCCUCUGAUACCUCCAGGGGUGCCAAUGAACAAGCAUUUGUGGAGGCGUUACACGACCACUAUUUAACUCAAAUUCAACGCAAGCCCACGCGUGGCACUAGUGUUUUAGACCUAGUUAUCACUAGUGUUCCAGACAACACAAGCGUGUCCGAAGUCCUAGAAAUAGACAAACCUGGUUUGUUCACGGAUCAUCGCACCGUCUUCUUCGAGUUCCGCACCUUAGUUAAGGCCCCUGUCAAGACGCACCGUUCUGUGUAUGAUUUUCCAAAAGGAGACUUUGACGGCCUUACAAACGCUUGCGUUCAGUUAAUCUUACUAGUGUGGUGGGUGAGGGUGACCUUGAAAGCUGCUGGCAGAUUUGGAAAAACCUGUUUCUUGCUGCGGUGAAAGACAAUUUUGCAACCAAGCGAUUAAGAGGUGGAAGCCCCGUGCCCUGGCUCACAGGUGCCGUAAUCAAUCUUAUCAAGAAAAAGGAAACCGUACGCAGGAAACUAAAAUUGCACCCGUCGGAGUUACUAAAAGUCAAAUUUCAAACUCUGCGUUCACAAGUAAAGCGCAUGAUCAGAGAAAGCAGGAACGAGUUCUUUGAAUUGAGUCUGCCAACAUCGAGUUCAAGAUUAAUCCCAAGCAUCUCUGGUCAGUAUUAAAAACUCACUCAACGUCGCGCAGCAUAUCAUAAAGUGUCUCCAUGGCAACUGGUAACCUACGUGCAACCGCUGACACUCCAGAAGAAAUCGUAGACAUUUUUAAUAACUAUUUCACUUCAGUGUUUUCUGUUUCUCAAGAAGACAAAGAGGAUAACGGCGCAGGAAAACUCCCAGCCGCAGAACCUCCCUUUAGCGAUAUUGUGUUGCACGUCGGCGAAGUUGAGGCUGUCCUAAAAUCACUAGACCCAAACAAAGCCACUUGUCCAGAUGAGAUCCCGGCUAGAAUACAAAAGGAAACCACCACUACUACUGCUCCAUCACUGUGCAAGCUGUUCAACAGGUCUCUGGGGGAAGGCUACAUACCGUCUGAGUGGAAAUUGGCCAAUGUAGUGCCUGUUCAUAAAAAGGAUGAAAAAGGUCAUGUUGAAAACUAUAGGCCAAUUUCCCUACUUUGCAUUGUUUCUAAAGUCCUCGAACAUUGUGUCUUGAACCACAUCAAGGACCGAUUAGAAGAUCUGAUUGCGGUCUGUCAGCACGGGUUUCGGAGUGGACGUUCAUGUUUCACAAAUCUACUGGAGACCCUAGAUUACAUCCGAGCUAUUCUUCAUAGAGCUGGUCAAGUAGAUUGUGUGUAUUUAGACAUGUCCAAAGCCUUUGAUAAGGUUAGACAUGACCUCCUUAUGGAAAAACUGCGGGAUGCUGGCUUCGGAGGGAACUUGCUCACACGGUUUCACGCGUAUCUCUGUGGCAGGCGCCAACGUGUCACCGUACUAGGCGUGACAUCACGUGACCUACCUGUCAUCUAAGGAGUCGCACAGGGUUCAGUACUCGGACCUGCUCUCUUCUUGUUAUAUGUGAACAACAUCCAAAGAAGUGCUACCAAAUUCAUUCUUUGCUUGCCUUUUUUAACAAAUAUCUCUUAAAAAGAAAGACUAACAUGAGUAAACCUACUUCCUGCGUGCUACUGACAUGAGUUACUAGAUCUAGUAUACUUUUACAAGGCUAUGCAUUAUAUGAUUCACUUAGAUCCGUCUGUUGUUCCCGUCGUGGGCGAAUGGGCGCGAAGGACCCGAAUAUCCGUAACGAGCUCUCAAUCUUUUGUGCCUAAAAAAUGCAGGACUUCUACCUUCCAGAAAUCUUUUUUCAUUAGAACCACUAGAAUCUGGAACCUGCUUAUUACUAGACUUGACCUAGAUACUGUUACUAUUGAGAACUUUAAAUCUGUUCUUUACGGUUAUUACUCGCGGGAUCUAGCAAUAAACUAUGACCCGGACUCUCCAAGGAGCUUCAAAACUAUUUCCUUGAAGUGUAACACAGCCAGGUUCUUAGACCAGGAAAUUAGCUGCUGCGUGUGAUUUCAAUUGCUACUUUCAUAUUUUGUAUUUUGGGUCCCCAGUAAUUGGCUUUAGCUGUUUCGGUGUCCCUGGUCAAAUUAUUUGAGUUAUUAUUAGUGUAUUUUUACGCUCUUAUUACUAGUAUUUGCAUAUCUUCAGUUUUUUUGUAUUCAUCAGGGCAAAGCUAAUAAAAUAAACUAUAUAAAAUGUCAAAUUUUCCUUUGUCGCAACUUAUAAUUUUUUGUUGCUCCCUUACUGUUUUUAGUUUCAACUCACCCACAGCCACGCUCUUCAUUCCGCUCUGUAGAUCCCUGUAUACGUUUGGACAGAUUGUUCAUCAUUCAGUGAUGUAAUAUAUUAGGUUCCAGGCUCCUUUUAUUUUGCACUUGCGCAGUACAUUAAAAAUGGAGGACUAGCACAUGGUUCGUUUUCACGCUGUAGUUUCAUGAUUUAAAUAUUACAUUUGGCGACGAGGAUGGCGCUCGUGGGGGCAAGUAGGAGACUAUAUCGGCGGGAAAGAAGACAUUGCCAGUUAUAAAGAACGAGUGGAAUUGUAUUUUGCGGCGAGUCACUUCGAAGCGGAUUACGAAGUUGCUACGUUUCUAGCGUUAAUUUGGGAAGAUGCAUAUGGCUUGGUCAGGAAUUUGUUAGCCCCUGAACUUCCGAAAGAUAAGUCUUUUGAUGAGUUGAAAGAGCUUUUGGUUUCACAUUAGUUGCCUAAACCUAUUUUGAUCGCAGAAAGUUUUAAAUUUCAUCGUCUGAACCAGCAUGAGAGUGAAACGGUCGCACAGUUUGUAGUUGAGUUGAAGCGACUGGCGUUGAAGUGUGAAUUUGAAACUUUUUUGGAAGACGCGUUACGGGACCGUCUCUUUUGUGGAUUGAAAAGCGUGCAAAUUCAGAAGAAGCUGUUGGCAGAGAGAGACUUGACUUUUAAGAAAGCGUUUUAAACAGCACAAUCCAUGGAGUUAGCCAACAAAGGAGAUUUUCGAGACACCAGUGUGCCAGUGGACGAUACCGUCAAUAAGGUCGGCAGAUAUGCCAGUUCAGGGCAUUCGACUGGAGAUGCCGUGAGUUGUUUUCGUUGUGGUGGAAAGCAUUCUCCGUCAGGUUGCUGGGCCAGGUCUGUACAAUGUUACAAGUGUCACAAUAAGGGUCACCUUGCUAAGAUGUGCGAUAAGAAAAGGAAUAUACAAUCCACGCGUUAUUUGGAGGUUGAUUCAGCUAUGAGUACUACUGAAGAGCAGUCUGGGCUGGGAAUGUACACUCUCAAGUCUAAAGGACAAGUGGAUCAGGGUUUCAAGUUCAGUUAUUGUUAGAGGGUAAGCCAGUCAGCAUGGCAGUUGACACGGGAUCAGCGGUUUCCAUUGUCUCUGAGGUGGAGCAUAAUAAGUGGUUUAAGCACCUCAAAUUGCAGCCAAUGCAGUUCCACUUGAAAACCUAUUCUGGUAAGUUAUUACCCUUGUUGGGGGAAAUUCGAGUCGCUGUGAAGUAUCAGACUCAGGAAAUGCAACUACCUCUGGUGGUCGCUCAAGGAAAAAAGCCUGUGUUGCUUGGGCGUAACUGGCUUGAGAAAUUGAACCUGGAUUGGUCCACCAUCGCCAAGGUGUCUCAUGUGCCUGCUGCGGAGGAUGCCCUUGCUAAGUAGGAAGCCCUGUUUGAGAAGGGCAUGGACACAUCAAACUGUAUAAAGCCUCCAUUCAGGUCCGUGAAGGUGCACAGCCCCUAUUCCUGAAAGCAAGACCCGUUCCAUAUGCUCUUAAAGAAAAGGUGGAGCGGGAGCUUCAGAGACUGGAUGAUAAAGGGAUUAUCUACAAAGUAAGUGGAAGUGACUGGGCUGCGCCAGUGGCGUUGGUCCCCAAGAAAGAUGGUUCACUGAGAGUGUGUGGCGACUACAAGACGGCAGUGAACCCGUGUGCUGGUGUCGACCAGUACCCUUUGCCUAUUAUAGAAGAUUUGUUUGCGACGGUAGCUGGGGGACAAGUAUCUAGCAAGAUUGAUUUAUCUCACGCGUAUCAGCAGGUACAGCUGAAUGAAGACUCGCUGAAGUACCUAACAGUUAACACACACAGGGGUUUGUACUGUUACAAACGACUGUCGCUUGGAGUCUCCAGUGCACCAGCUAUUUUGCAAAGGACUAUGGAUCAGCUUCUGCAGGGGGUUAAGUUCACAGUUUGCCGUUUGGAUGACAUCCUGAUUUCAGGGGGUUCCCCUGAGGAACAUUUCGCCAUCCUGGAGGAAGUUUUCAGGCGCUUACAAGAACAUAGCAUCAAGUUGAAUCCUGCGAGGUGCAUUUUCUUCCAGUCGGGCCUUGAGUUUCUCGGACACUGGAUUGACAAGAAUGGCAUUCGUCCCCUCCCUCAGAAGAUGGAUGCACUCAUGCAAGCCAAGAGUCCUACCAAUGUCACAGAGUUGAAGUCGUAUCUGAGACUGCUUAACUGUUAUGGCAAGUUCCUGCCCGAUCUGGCGACUACACUGCAUCCUCUUCAUGACCUUUUGCAAAAGGAUAGAUCUUGGACGUGGACCGAGGCGUACAACAGAGCGUUUGUUAAGAGUAAGAAGCAGUUACAAGAUUCUCCUUUGCUGGUCCAUUAUGACCUGAAGAAGUCACUUUGGCUGGUCUGUGAUGCAUCACCCUAUGGGGUGGGAGCGGUUAUCUCGCAUGUUAUGGAGAACGGCGAGGAAAAGCCUAUUGCUUUUGCUUCUCGAACUCUCAAAGCUAGUGAGUGUAACUAUUCCCAGAUAGAGAGAGAGGCCUUAUCCAUCGUGUUUGGAGUGAAAAGGUUCCAUUCGUAUCUGUAUGGUCGGGGGUUCACAUUACUUACAGAUCAUCAGCCGCUGGUCACAAUUCUUGGGCCGAAGGUUGGUGUACCUCCACUGGCCGCAACAAGAAUGCAAAGGUGGUCUUUGAUUUUAGCAGCUUAUCAGUAUGAAAUUGAGUAUAGGGAGUCUGCUGAACAUGCAAAUGCAGAUGCUUUGUCAAGACUGGUACUGAACGCUGCUAUUGUUGAGAGGGUUCAGCAAUGUCAUGUUUGUGCUGCCUUGGGGACGUUUCCUUCAAGGGCACCAUUAUACCCUUGGAAAUGGCCUGCUAAGCGAUGGGAGCGUAUCCACAUUGAUUUCUUUGAGAAGGGCAAGUUGAAUUUAUUGGUUGUUAUUGAUGCCUAUACCAAGUGGUUGGAGGUGAUCCCCAUGGGUUCCAUGACCAGUUUGAAAACCAUCUAGGUUUUGCGCUCGUUGUUUGCACGUUACGGAAUAACGGAAGAGGUAGUUUCGGACAAUGGGUCGCAACUAGCAUCGGAAGAGUUCUCUCAAUUCCUGAAGCAGAAUGGAGUCAAGUUUACCCGGGUUCCACCGUACCAUCCUGCAUCUUAUGGAGCUGCUGCACGUUCUGUACAGACGGCCAAGACGGUUUCGACCAAGCACGUGCUGGAUGGCAAAGCAAAUUCCCUCAGUCUGGAGCAUAGGCUGGCCAAAUCGUAGCACAUUUCACUCUGUGACUGGGUAAUCUCCCGCUGAGCUGUUUUUGGGACGAAAGAUUAGGAACUGUUUCACAUUUCUGAAACCCAACCUUCACAUAGCCGUGGAGGAGCAACAGUUGAGGCAGAAAGAGCACCACGUACGAUGAAGGACGAGUGAAACUCCAAGAGUUCAAGUUGAAUGAAGUGGUCUUGGUUCAUAGUUGGCGGCGUAGUGGUGAAAGGUGGAUCCCUGGAAGGAUCACUCAGGUGAAAGGUCCGCGCACUUACCUAGUUUGCUGUGAGGAUCAAAUACGGUUUGCUAACGUGGACCAUUUGAAGAGUGCUCGCUGGAUCCAGUCCUCAAGCUCUUGGGAGGGCGAGGAAGAUGGUAAUUACGCACGGAACUUCCCAAGUUCCCAAGCCGAAGUGAAGAGUGGAGCGUCACUGUUACAUUGAGGUGGCCCGAACCUAUUUAUAUGAGUGUCGGUUAUGUUUUUGAAUGGCCAUUUUUCGGCAGGAACGAGUUAACCGAUUAUUAUUAUUUUUGGCAUCCUUAGUAGACUCUUAGUAAAGAGUGGUGAAACUUUAAGGAAAUGUUAUUUGUUUUCUUGUGGGUAUGCAGUAAAACGUUCGAGAUAUCGGCAUAUAUUUCAACCGCAUCUUUACAAAAAAAAUGUAAAUAACUUCGAAACCCUAAGACAGAUUUUCCAGGUUCGGGCCAUCUGAACAUUUAAAUGCAGGAAAGUCCUCUAACUUAAUCUUAAUAUUAGAUGCUGUCUCGAUCUGCAUCAAUGGCUUUAUAGGUGUCAACCAGUGUUAAAUGUAGCCCUCAUUUUAAAAGAAAAGCUGCUUCCCAAAUAUGAUUAACUGCCAUAUUUUUCAGAAAAACCUGGUCCACCACAAAAUUUGAAAAGAGGUCUGGUGUUCUAUGAGAAUUCAAAAACUGUCAAACUGGAGCUGUUUUGGAUGCCGCCGAAAUCUAGUGGUGGAAUGGUAGUUAGUUAUUACAUUGUCGAGCACAAGACUGUGAAGACAGAAUGGAGCAGUGCUAACAAUGAAUCUGUUAAUGGAACUAGGUUCGCACUUCCAAUGAAAGAGUCAGAAACAUACACUGUUCGUGUGCGAGCAGUUAACAGGCUUGGCCUUAGUGAACCCUCAAACGUGAUCACCAUUAAACUGACAGGUAAGUGGUCAUUUGCGGCAGGUGAAGUUCUCAAAACUAAAAUACACUCUAAGAUCGACAUAUCAUAUUUAAAAAUCAAUCUAUUUACAAAAGAACUGGGCCACAGACGUUUAGUAUUCUACCUGAUUUGAAAGAAUCUUUAAUGGUACAAUUCAUCAAAAUGCCUAAAUUGGAUGGUUCGAAAGGUUCGUAGCUUUUGAAACAGUUUCUUAUAAUUUUCUCCAAACAGUUGUAUGUGGAUAUUUUUUUCGGGCAACAGUUUCUCUAAAGCGUAGUUAACGCUAACCCGGCUUAAGGAUAAAACUGAGUCGUCAGCGUAGAAUUAACAACUUACUGGUGAGCUUACCUAGUUCCUAUACGGCGUCUUUCCAGGCCCUCUCGGUCAAUGCAUUUCGGUGACGUAUCCGAGACGAACGGCCGGGAGACGCCUAGACAAUCUCGGAGUGCGCAUGCGUGAGCAUUUUAGCAUUUUUGAAAAGUUCACACGCUCAACUGAAAUGAUCUAUAAAUAACUUUGCGCGUGAAUAUCCUUCGCUUAAAGAUCGGCACUAUUGACACUAUUACAAAAAUAACCAACCUAGUUCGUGUUACAAAAGAACAAAAAUGUUAUUUGAAUCGGAAAGAAUACUACUGUAUAACGUGCAAGUAAUUUCUCUUUUAGUCCACUUUCAAAUAAACCAUAAAAUGAUAGUCUUUAUUGAUAAAGAGAUUUGAAACAGUAGUUUGUUGACAUUCUAACAAAUUUAGAGACCAAAUUCAACAGCCUGUCCGAUCAGUUUAAUAAGCUUCCAAAUCCAAAAAUUAAAUUACAUAAAGUAUUUCGAAGUGAAAUGAUAACGAGAAAUUUAUAUGAACAAGCGAAAAUAGAGAAACGAAAGAUAGCUUGUCAUAUCCAAGAAUAAAUAUUUACUUAUUUCUUUAGCUUACCUUCCGAUUCUUGAUCGAAUAAUUUUUUGCGACGCUGUUUUGCUUAGCCUACAAAUAGUUUUUGAGAUGAAAUAAAGUUCAAAUUAGUUUAAUGACAUACAUGAAAAAGAAAGGCCAAAGGACUUUCAACUACGAAAACGUGCGUAGAAUAAAAAUGCUGGCUCCUCUGUUCUCUCAAAGGCUGCCGGACAUCUUUCAUCAGCGCGGAAAAGUGAUUGACAGCUCGCCCGCUUCCAAAAGCUCCGCCCCAAGUGAGACAAAAUGUCUCACUUCUCCGAGUUUGCCUAGGCCUCAAAAACUUUCUCGGACCACGUGACCCGAAACGCAUCGGCCUCGCAUAAUAAUGAGACCUAGGGACUAGGCAACUGGUGAGCCAUUUGGGAGAAUAGUAAGGUCAUUAGAAUCACAUGCUUUCGGGAGAUUGGGAAUUUCAUUCAAAUAUACAUUGUACAGUGGAGGAAAAAGAUCACAUCCUUGUCGUACACCUCUUCGAUAAGGCAAGUAGUUCUUUUGUUGCCAAAUCAAAUGCUACGUUUCGUGUUAGAGUACAUGACAUAUGUACUGAUGUCAGUGGUACUGACUAUUUAUUUAGUGACAAUGUCGCUCGUUAUUCUUUCAGAAAGCGACAUCAGAAGUCUUGCGAGUUCAAACAGCUCAGGUUCAGUGAGAGCAACGUAUCUGUUUGAAGGAUAUCUACUCCUGUUGACGGUUUUUGAGGCUUUUGCCUUAAAAACGUGAAAGAACGAGAGAAGGGAAACGAGCGAGUUGCGACCUGAAGAUAUCAACCUUACGAGUUUACCAUAACGCCGUACUUUCUUAGUACCUUCUGUUAGAGUUUAGGCAAAAAAUUUCUUGAGGCCCAAAAGGCACUACUGCAUUUUCUGCCGUUUCGUUCUGUAAAUAACUCAUCUUUUUGUUUUGUUUCUGCACAAUCGUACUUUUAAUGAACCCUAGAACUGAUUUUAAAAUAUUACCUUUAAUAAUCCUCGAGGACAUUUUAUUUUAACGACUAAAAUUCAAAAGCUUCUAAUACGGCUAACCGUCGUCACCUUUGUAUUUAUCUUUUUGUCACUUGUUUUCGCGAAAAUUGAACAGCCGGCACUUUUCAGCCAAAAAAGAAUAUGUCGAAAGGAGCUAAAUUUCUAUUAAGUAUCAAAAUACUUAGCAGCAGUCUCACAAUUGAUUUUGAUUUUCAAGUAAGCAAACCCAUUUAGCAAAACGAAAUAAAAAACAGUUUUACUUGUUUCUUUGUAACAUCAAAGGGGAUAGGCAAUUCCAGUCAAAGUUAUUGAUGAAAUGGAGGCCUUGGAAAGUAAUAAAGAAAUAUAAUAAACAAGUACAAAGAACUUGUCUUAACGAGGUAAAAGUAGCGCAGAAAUAAAUAGAUUGAAGACUGCACCAACGUUUCACAAGAACUGCAGCAUGAAACAGUUCUAUUAGGAGUAACCGUUGGGUGAUAACUAAGUAUUAG